AUGUAUAAUCAAGGUAUUACAUCAACUAAAUCUUAAGGUAUUAAUUUAGCUAAGGAAUUAAAAUAUGAUGAAUCAAUAUAAUUAUUAGAUAAAUCAAUUUAAUUAGAUCCAAAUAACUAUGAGGCAAAAAAGCGCAAAGGUAAUGAUCAUAAUAAAUUAUAAUUAGGUUAAUGUUUAAGAAUAUUAGAGAGAUAUGAGGAUGCAAUCACUUGGUUAGACAAAGCAUUACUUAUCAGUCCUAAAGAUGUUAAUUCUUUAUGGGAUAAAGGUAGAUUUAUUUUUGAUUGAUUUAUUAGGUUAUUGUUUAACAAUGUUAGAGAGAUAUGAGGAUGCAAUCGCUUGGUUAGACAAAGCAUUACUUGUCAAUCCUAAACAUGUUUUGUCUUUAUGGAAUAAAGGUAGAUUUAAUUUGAAUUGAUUUAUUAGGUUAAUGUUUAAGACUGUUAGAGAGAUAUGAGGAUGCAAUAAUUUGGUUAGAUAAAGCAUUACUAGUCGAUCCUAAACAUGUUUUGUCUUUAUAGAAUAAAGGUAGAUUUAUUUUGGAUUGAUUUAUUAGGUUAUUGUUUAAGACUAUUAAAGAGAUAUGAGGUUGCAAUCACUUGGUUAGACAAAGCAUUACUUAUCGAUCCUAAACAUGUUGGUUCUUUAUGGGAUAAAGGUAGAUUUAAUUUGGAUUGAUUUAUUAGGUUAAUGUUUAACAAUGUUAGAGAGGUAUGAGGAUGCAAUCACUUGGUUAGACUAAGCAUUACUUGUUGACCCUAAACAUGUUUUGUCUUUAUGGAAUAAAGGUAGAUUUAAUUUGAAUUGAUUUAUUAGGAUAAUGUUUAAGAAUGUUAGAGCAAUAUGAGGAUGCAAUCACUUGGUUAGACAAAGCAUUACUUAUCGAUCCUAAAGAUGUUGAUUCUUUAUGGAACAAAGGUAGAUUUAGUUUAAAUUGAGUUAUUAGGUUUAUGCUUAAGACUGUUAGAGAGAUAUGAGGAUGCAAUUACUUGGUUAGACAAAGCAUUACUUGUCGAUCCUAAACAUGUUUUGUCUUUAUAGAAUAAAGGUAGAUUUA